AAAAAUGGAGGAAAAGUUGAAUGGAAUUCAGGAUCUAGACCAGAAUGUGGAAGACCGAAGUGACAAUCUCCAAACACAUUUUACUGAAGCAUGUUGUAAUCUAGAUCACCUUUCUGAGAAACUCGAAAAUGCUAAGCCGGAAGAAGAGCUUGAAGCCAAUGGUUUGCCAGUUCUAGAGGAGAACUCUCUAUUUGAAGUCAAGAAGGAAUCUGAAGGACGAGAAAUUGAACUGGAUCACUGUGAUGGGUCUGAGAAAUUGCAGAAUGCAAAUGCAGAUGAGGAGCUUCAUGUUUCAGAUUCAGCACAGAAGCAAGAUAAAAUAACAAGAGUCAAAUUCAAAGACCAAGAAGAAGAAAUGGAGCAUGGGGAUGUUUCUGAAGAAGCCACGGAUGCCAAAACUGAUGUGGGAGACAGUAUGAAAGAACAUAAUCUACCUAACACAGGUCGAGAUAGAGAUCAAUCAGAAGAUGCUAGUAAUUUACAGGCAAGUAAUGAUCCCAGUAGUCUUUCAGAGAAGCAAGCUUCACCUGUGACUGAAGAUAAUUCUCCAAGCAAUAAACUCGCUAGUCUUUCUGAGAAAGAAACUUCAUUCAAAGGACAUGACAACUCUAGCGAUGGUAGAGAUCAAGGCAAAGAUGCUAGUCCAUCACAUGCAUGUUGCAAUGGGCCAGAUAGUCUUUCAGAAAAAGAAAUUUCAUCUCAGGAAGCAGGUAAUCUUCUGGGUAACAAACCAGAUAAUCUUCUGGGUAACAAACCAGAUAAUCUUGCAGAGGAAGAGACUUCGACUCAGAAUCUGGAUGACCCUCUGAUUGACCGACCAGAUGAUGUUUUAGAGAAAGAAGAUUUAACUCGAAAGCCGGAAAAUCUCCCAAGCAAUGAUUCUCAGGGGCAGGAGUUGGAGAAAGAAGAUGAACCGGACUGGAAGAAGUUGUUCAUGAAUGGUUCAGAUGAGAGACAAAAGCUUCUACUUACAGAAUAUACUACAGUUCUUCGGAACUAUAAGGAUGUCAAGAAGAGGUUCAGCGAAGAGGAAACGAAAUUGAAGGACUCCAACGCCAAGAAAGAUGAGGAGAUUAACGUGCUACGUAAGAAAUUGAGCCUUCUUCUGCAAAAAGGGUUGGCAGACAAUAAUGAUGUGAAAGAAAUCAAAGUUUCAGAAAACCAGAAUGAGCUAUCAAAAUCAAUAACUAGGAGAAAAGAUGCAGAAAUAGACCUGGGGAUGAUGCUAAUGGAUCACCAAACUCAAACAAUUUCACCAAUCGAAGAACAAUUUCGAAUGAACAUCGAUGAACUGCUAGAGGAGAAUCUGGAUUUCUGGUUAAGAUUCAGCACUUCAUUUCACCAGAUACAGAAAUUUGACACUGGAGUCCAAGAUUUACAGGCUGAGAUAUCGAAGCUCGAGGAAAGAAGGAAGACAGAUGGAAGCAGCACUGCAAGAUAUGCUCUCAGAUCAGACGUACGUCCAAUAUACAGACAUCUCAGAGAAAUCCACACGGAGCUCACAGUCUGGCUGGAGAAAAGUGCUUUGCUGAAAGAUGAACUUAAGUCCAGAUUCUCAUCUCUCUGCAACAUACAAGACGAAAUAACAAAGGCACUGAAAACAAGCGCCGAAGAUUAUGACUUUACUUUCACAAGCUUCCAGGCUGCAAAGUUUCAAGGAGAGAUUCUGAACAUGAAACAAGAGAACAACAAGGUUGCAGAUGAAUUGCAAGCAGGUUUAGAUCAUAUAACAUCACUUCAGCUUGAAGUAGAGAAGAUAUUGGCGAAGUUGACAGAGGAUUUCGGGCUCUCUGGUUCGAAGCGAGGGCAACUUGAACACUCAGACAGUAGAUCAAGAGUUCCAUUGAGGUCAUUUAUAUUUGGUGUGAAACCAAAAAAGCCAAGGCAAUCCAUCUUCUCCUGCAUGCACCCAUCAGCUUACAGAAAGAUCAGGACUUCUUAAACUAAAUAUAUUCGUUUUAUGCAUUGGUUCAUAUAUAUAUACAUAUAUAUAUAUAUAUAUUUGUUUGUUUGUCAAUUUAUGCUUUGGAGGAUUUUUUGUUUCCUUCGUUCCAGACUGGAGACCCUGUCUGCAACUGUUUCAUUAUUUUUUUUUUCUGGGUAACUACAGAUGUUCAUACUACUCUUAGUUUUUUGAAGCAGGAGGACAUUUCAAGCCUUGUCAAAUUCAUAUACUUAUAGAUCCAUUUAACAUAUUCCCCCUGUUGUAAUGCGUUUUGAAUUCCUAAAAAUUUAUGUACCAGUAGAUAGUUUUUUCA